AUGAUUACUCUGUACGACCUUCCGACUAAGGCAGCCGAUUCUCCGGGGACUAUGAUGACCUGGCGGACCAGGUAUGCUCUAAAUCUCAAAAGUCUGCCCUACCGCACUGUCUACGUCGAGCUCCCCGACGUCGAGGCUCUAGCCAAAAAGAUCGGUGCCGCCCCCACCAGGACGAAGCCGGAUGGUGUAUCUCCCUUCUACACGAUCCCAAUCGUCCAAGAUGACUCUACUGGGGCCGUCGUCUCCGACUCUCCCGCUAUAGCGGCUUAUCUCGACAAGACCUACCCCUCCUCCGGGCCCGUUCUCAUCCCCACUGGGACGAUGACUCUCCAACUCGCUUUCUCCAGUGCAGUCGCCGAUGCGUUCGGUCCCUUCCGGCCAUUCUACACUGGGGGGAUAGCGACAAAGAUGAACGAUGCGACGGCGGUGUAUUACUUGAAAGCGACACUAGGUGAGGCUGGCAAGGUUGAAAUGCCAAAAGGGGAGGAGCGAGAGAAGCUGUUGGUACAAGCGAAGGAGAACCUUGGGAAGAUGAACAAAUGGUUCGAAGGAAGCGAGGGGGACUUUGUUAUGGGGAAUGAACCGUGUUUCGCGGACACGGCGAUUUGUGCGUUUUUGUUGUUCACAAGGAGGAUGGUUGGGGAGGAGAGUGAGGAGUGGAAAGACGUCGUUAGUUGGAAUGAUGGCAGGUGGGGAAGGUACCUAGAGAACUUCAAGCCAUAUGAGAAACUGUCGUAG